AUGGCAUCCCCUGCGGUCAACAUUGAUCCAGAUGAUCCGGUACCAUUUGCACAGAAUAAUAAAGUUAUUGUUGAGCAACCCAAAACGGAUCAUGAUAAUUGGUCAAAUACUGUUAAUGUACCAGUACCACUAGAUUCACUAUGUGACCCUGAUGAUCCUGUAAACCCAAUACCAUCUCUUCAGUUAGAACGAAAAGAGCGAAUACUUAAAGGGGCAUUCCAACCAAAAUUAAAAAUGUAUCCCAGGACACAGUUUGGAAAUAGAGCACGGAGUUUCCAAAGUUCCUGGUAUGAUGAUUUUAGCUGGUUAGAAUAUAGUGUGAAACUUGACAGAGCAUUUUGUUUCGUAUGUCGGAUGUUUAAUACAGCUCCAGGGUUAAAUGCCGGACAAGUAGACUUUGCUUUUUCACAAAAAGGUUUUAAAAAUUGGAGUACUUCUACUACAAAAUUUAAAAAACACCAAAAUUCAAUCUCCCAUAAUUUUAGCAUGACAGCGUAUCAUAACUUUUCAAAUUGUAAACCAAUUGAUGUUACCUUGGAUGAAUCUAGAUUAGUAUCUAUUAGUGAAAGAGAAAAGCAGCGUUUGCACAAUCGUAACAUCAUGCAUCGAUUGAUAGAUAUUACUUUGUGUUUAGCUAAAAGUGGCAAACCAUUUAGAGGGCACUUAGAAAAAAGUUCAGAUGUGUGUAAGGGUUUAUUUUUAGAUAUUGUGGACAUUUUAAAAAAAUAUGAUUUAACUUUGCAAAAACAUUUGGAAAAAGGGCCGCAAAAUGCUAAGUACUUGAGCAACCAUAUACAAAAUGAUUUAUUGACUUCUAUCAACAAUGUAAUGAAACGAAGUAUUGAAAAAAAAAUAAACAAUCGCCUCGUCACGAUAAUGGCCGACGAAACUAGUGACGUGGGACACCAUGAACAGAUGGCUGUGGCUGUACGCUACUUUGAUGAAGAUUUAUGUAAGCCCGUUGAGCAAUUUAUUGGUAUUCAACCUGUAUGUUUUGAUGGAGCUUCAGCUAUGAGUGGAAAAUUUAAUAGUGUACAGUCUAAAGUCAAAGAAAUCAAUCCAUCUGCAAUGUAUGUUCACUGCUAUGGCCAUUGCCUAAAUCUGCUAAUUUACAGUUUCAUUGAAGGGAGUCCAGUGAGGCAUGCUGUUUUUGAAAAAAUUGUUAAUGAAACAAAUUCCAGAUUGAAAACUCUCAAAACACUUUCAACAACUAGAUGGGCAUGUCGUGCGGAAGCUGUUACAGCUGUAGAAAAAAACUUUUCUUCUGUUAUUCAGUGUCUUGAAGAAAUUUCUGAAAACACUAAAUAUUCAGAGGUGAGGGCUAAAGCAAAUGUGCUCAAUUACAAGCACCCAACUUGA